UGAGUAACAUUUUCCACCCGGACGACUUACACUGUAGCACGCCGGCAAACCUGAAAACACAACUCACCCAUGCUGUAACAGCAGCACUAUGUCCUGACAGUAGUGGUUAAUGAGACUGUAGUUUGAGUCACUAUGUUCAGUAAGUAAGAUGUCGGAGGCGUCAAACAGAGCAGAUGUGUCAGAGAAACCUCCUCCUCCUCAGAACUGGAUCCUUCAGCAUCCAACAUACCAGCAGAUGAAGAGUCUGGAGGUGGAGGACAGUGAACAAGUACACACAGCUUUCCUCGUCUACAUGGAUCUCUCUGAGGUGCGUCAGUGGAAAGAGGUGUCUUGUGUCAAGAGUCCUGAGCUGCAGGUGGUUUUGCUGGAAGGGAGGGAGAAGGAAGGAGCACCCGUCCAGUCAAUCCUCCCGCUGCCUGCUCACCGAUCUCUGAGCCACAAAAGCAUACGUCACGUGCUGGACAGAGGCUUUCCCAUGCUGCUGUGUGCUGUAGCUUCUGACUCCACCCUGGUCUACCAGCGGAUGACCGAUGGGUUGGUGACACCGGACCCUCCCGCUGGCCCCUUCCAGGAUUUGGGACGCCGACAGCACCGGAAGAGACGGCAGAAGCACUGAUCAGCCGGAGAGAGAAGACACCUUGGUGUUGUCGGUGAGACAUAGAAGAGCAGAACGAGACGGGCAGGCGGUCGGUUGGUUUGUCUGUCUUUGUGAGCUGCUCCUGAAAAAAGUCAAAGGUGUACUGAGAACAUGGCAGCAGGUGAAACUGUUUGGCUGCAGCUCUGUUUCCUCAUACCUGCCAUGUUUGAGAGAUCUGUUGACUCUGUACUUCCUCAAUGCAAUCAGGGAUGUGUUCACACAACCCCACACUUUACAGUUUGUGGUUAUUGCCUUCCUCAAAUCCUUCGAGUGGGACCUGAUGAGUUGGAUCGCGAGGCAUCCACAGAACAUUUUGUGAAACAUUACAACUAGAGUCUGACCGUUUUUUGAGGCUGACACAGACGAUAUAAUUUGAUGAUUGUGACACAAACUUUACAUUUAUGAGGCAUUUUUUUCCUUAGAAUUUGGUUAUUUCCUUAAAAACAAAAGUACCUUAUUUUGAAAGGACCAUUGACUGAUGUGAAAAACAGAAAUUGUUGGUAUCUACAGCGAACGGCAGCACUGGACACCGCACUGGGCUACCUCCAGGGGUCUGAAAAGUGAAGCCAAUGCUGAAGUGCCUUAACCCUGCAUUCUUUCUAAUAGCCAGCAGGGGGCGACUCCUCUGGUUGCACAAAGAAAUCUGAUUGUAUAGAAGCCUAUGAGAACAUGAGC